CAGCUUUAAAAGCAUUACAAAGUAUUGUUUGUAAUUUAUAUUCCUCAUCACAAGCAGAUGAUGUAGAAACCAGAGAACAAUUCAUGGGAAUAGUUUUACAAGAAUGUAAUGAAUAUCUGAGUUCCUUGGAUUUAAGGAUGAUGAAACCAAAUGGAAGAAUCCUACAGUCAACAGCAUUAGCUGCAGAACCAGCUUAUCAGCAAGUCUUACAAUCCUCUCUUCCUUUGCUUGUGGACAAAUACAACUCACAGCCAAUGGGAAUUGCAAAGAAAAUAACACUAGAUGUGAUUCUUGAACUAUUAAAGGUUGCAAAGACUUUUUAUCACAUGACUCAAGAUAGUGCUCUUGUUACCCAUAAGGAUGCUCUGGUGACUCUGCUCUUUGAAGCACUUACUAGUGAAAGUCAUGCUUUGUGCUGUGCUGGAAUAACUGGUCUGGUUGUCUUGGUUACACUGAAAGGAAUGAUAACAGACAACCAGGUGAUUAUUUUAGUUGAGCAUUUAACUAAACAAGCUCUGAAUUCUAAAGAUAUGAUAGUCAGGCAAGAAAGUACUACUGCCCUGGCAUAUCUGUCAUCCAAAUUUCCUGCUGUCAUUAAAGCCAAGUUACUUCCGGCUGUACAAAGCUAUCUUAAGACAGAAGAAUGUGUAGCAAUGGAACAAGAAAAGGAUGGUAACACAGAAUAUUCAUCUGGUUGUCAUGGAUAUGCCAUGGAGACCCUGUCAACAGUGUGUACUGAAGAAUCUGUUGUCCGAGACAUUAUUCCUGUUAUCCUCCAACACGGGAAGAACCUGGCAGAAAUUAAUGAUGUGAGUGAUGCUAUGAAAUCCAAAGGUUUAAGAACAUACAAGUGUUUGUUAUCUGUGGUACAAGGUACCAUAAAACAUAAUGUUGUUCAACCAGAGUACUAUUCUGAACUCGUUAUACCGGAUCUGUUACACUUGUCGAUAAAGCCUGUCUUACAAGGUCGUGAAACCAAUUUGAUGUUGGAGUCGGACAUCUUGGAGAUUUUUAGCUCAAUUUUUAGAACCAUAGUAUGUCAAAUGCAGUCAGAAUCAACAGAGAAGUGCCUGCAGUCAAUUGUAGAACUGUUCUUGGAUGGUAAACUACCAAACUCUCUAAAUAAUUACAAAGUCGACUCCUUCUUACCCUUGGAGGUUGAAUCUCCAUGGCAACAAACUCAGCUGGUUUCUCUGUUGAUGCCUUGUCUGUGUGCCGUCAAAAGAGAUGUGUGUAUUUCACAGUUCUCAAUAUUGAUGCAAAAGUUACAAACUUUAGCCUGUAGGUCAAAUCACAAGAGAACUAAUAUUGCUGCAGCGAAAUGCCUAGCAGGGCUCAUCAACAAGAUGAAGGAAGGAGAAGAGUUGGAUUUAUUAAUGCAAAACUUGAUGUCGACAAUAUGGUCUUGUAUUUCUAAUGAAGAAUGUCAGGAAAACCAUUGGAGUUCCCUCAUCACCUGGAUCUGGGUAACCAGAGCUCUUGUUUUGCGCUCACUUCCAGUAUCUCAAGAGUUUGUUAAGAAGAUAAUAAGUAUAUUUAGUAACGACAGCGUGGGUAAGGUGGCAGCGGAUGGUUUCUAUAUACUGAUAGCAGACAGUGAUGAUGUGAUGACGUCACAGAUGCAUGCUGAUAUUAAAUUGAUGUACAAGCAACGGUUCUUCCUACAAACUCUUCCUCAGCUACUCAAUGGCUUCCAGUCUUCUCUACCGGGACACAAACACCACUACCUCAGUGCAUUGUCACAUCUACUUCAGUGGAUCCCUAAACAAGUCCUCAUGUCAGAAGUACCUAAUUUGAUGCCGCUUCUGAUCCAGUCCCUAUCCCAAGACCAAGCAAGUCUUCUCCUGUCUACCUUACAAACCCUUUAUUCACUCAUCUUCGACGCUUCUGAGGCGAUUAUAAGACAAGUGACGUCAUUAGUACCCAAUUUCUUGAGACUGGUCAAGUUUGAAUCUUCGAUGAAGGUUCGAAUAGAAGCUAUUAAAUGUCUUGGUGCCAUGACGACCCUACCCCAUCAUGUUGUAUACGUGUACAAAUCAAAAGUAAUCAAGAGUCUUUCUUCAUCGUUGGAUGAUCACAAGAGGUUUGUCAGGGCAGCUGCCGUCACCUGUAGGAACGAAUGGUUUUUGUUAGGAGCAAGUUGAUCGCGCGGUUUAUCGUAGCACUCCAAGAUGGCUGUCAAGAAACUGAAUAUUUAACCAUUGGAUUUAUAAAUACGUAGUCAUUAUAUGCCGAAAUUAUUUUGAUAACUGAAUAAAGAUUAAAUAUUCUUG